AUGACGAAAAUUUUCCUCUCUGGUAGGGGUCCUCGGGAAGCACUGCACGUCCACCACCGCCGAGGAGACCCGGUGCCCCUGCGCCUCCCUCCACCGCAACCCAACACGAAAGCUCCAACUCCGCGCUGCAUCCUGCCAAGCCAGCUCAACCCAACUGCUAAGAGAGGUUCACAGAAGCCUAAGCAGGAAGAAACAAAGAAGAGGUGGCGUCCGAGGCCGCCCCUGCUGAGCAAGCCGGUGGACGACGUGUACUUGACGUGGUACUAUGAGCGGCCUUCCUACGACGUGGAUGUGGCUGUGGGAAUGCUGAAGAAAUUCCAGGAGCUGGACUUCACCUACCCCAAGCAGUAUGUGUAUGUUAAUGUAACUCUGGAUAUGUCAUUACAGAAGAAGAAAAAAGUGGAACAAUUUGCAAGCAUCGUUCAGCUUCCAUAUCGUUUUACAGAUGAAAUGAAUAAGGUUUUGGUUUUCACAGAGAACAAGGAAGAAGCUGAAAUAGCUCAACAGAAUGGUGCUGCCCUUGUGGGAGGAGUUGAAUUAAUCAAAUGGAUUUUGGAAGAUGAAAUAAAAAUGGACUUUUAUGUAGCUGUUCCUGAAAUAAUGCCUAAAUUAAUACCAUUGAAGGGCAAAUUAAGAAGAAAAUAUCCAAGUGCAAGAAGAAAUUCCAUGGGCCAAGAUAUUCCUAAAAUGCUGCAAUUCUUUAAAGAAGGCCUUGAGUAUGCAGUGCAAGAUGAGCAUCUAAUCAAAACAAGAAUAGCAAGACUGGAUAUGCCUACUGAGCAGGUAGUAGCCAAUCUUAAAGCAGUUAUCCAGGACAUCUACACGUUCAAGCCACCAAGCACUGGUGCUUUUGUGCAGAAGUUGGUUAUUCGAUCUUCAACCAGCGAGGGUUUGCUACUGAACCUGGAUGGACUUCUGCCUCAGGUGGAGGAAGAAGAAAAGGAGGAAGAAGAAAAA